AUGUCAAAAUCUCCUAUUCCUCUCAUGACCGCCGUGGUCAUCGCCACCCACGAGCUGGUCUCCACGGAGACGCCGAGGGUGUGCCUCCUCCUUUUUCCUGGAGUGCAGCUGCCGUCUCGCCGAUUAUCGACAGCUUUACUGCUAGUCCUUGGGGACCCUCAGGGUUCCCUCGCACAAGAGAGGUCCGAGGGUGUACCCCCCUCCUUUUCGUCGAGAUGGCUGCCCGUGUCCCGAAGGGCAACUGCUUCCUGGCAAAUACUCCUUCUCGGUUAUGUCGCCGCCAUCCAUUUGGAAAUCUAG